AUGCUUAUUUUAGGAAUUACUGUUGGCAUAGAUAUUCUUCAUCAACUAGGCCUUGGAGGCAAAGAUGUAAGACACUCAUCAUCAGUGACUGCUGUACCAUCAUCAUCUACACCAUUACCUCAGGGGGUCCAUUUAACAGAAUCAGGUGUCAUUUUAACAAAUGAUGCUUAUAUUGAGUUACCACUCAUGAAAAUUUUACCUGUCAACUUAGUACCACCAUUUACAAUAUUAAUCGGGUUACAGUCACAUAGAGUAAACAAUGCAUUUCUCUUCAGCAUUAGAAAUAAAAAUAGACUGCAAUUAGGAGUUCAAUUGCUACCUAAAAAAUUAGUGGUAUACGUUGGAGGAAAGCAGCCUAUAUUUUUCAACUACAGUGUUCAUGAUGAAUUAUGGCACUCAUUUGCCAUUAGCAUUAGAAGCAAAGUUGUUUCGAUGUUUGUUGAAUGUGGAAAGAAAUAUUUUAGCAGAGAGACUUUUUCAGAAGUUCAGAUCUUUGAUUCUAACAGUGUGUUUACCUUAGGAAGUAUGAAUAAUAAUUCUGUCCAUUUUGAAGGAGUAGUAUGUCAGUUGGAUAUUAUUCCUUCCUCAGAAGCAUCUGCAAAUUAUUGCACUUACGUGAAACAGCAGUGUCGCCAAGCAGACACAUACUGGCCUGAGACAAGCCUUCCUCGCACAACUAUUGUACCUUCUAAAAUACUGGAAAAUUCUCCCUUGCUCAAACUAUUUGUUGAAAAAGUACUGUCAGAGCACAUGAUGACUGAUGGCAAAAGCAUUAUACAACGUAUCAUACAUAAUGAUUCUGUAGAAGCGGAUAAACAGCAAGACCACCAGGUACCAAGGUCUCAGUUAACUUCUCUUCCAUUGGGAAAUGAGUCUGCCAUGGAUCUUGUGAGCCGUGGAAUUCAGGGCAAAGAAAUGAUCACCGAGGAACAUAUCCAGACAAAUUUAAGCCUAUCAGUGACCCAUCAGCACCCCAGCGAGGCGAGAACGAAUACCAAGGAGAAAUUUAGUUCUCUAAACGCAUCCAACAACAUCACACAACAUGGUGAUAGAGAAACUGAUCUCUCACCGUUUAAGAAGGUGUUGUCUGUUCUCCCACAUAUAGAACAAGAUACAAUCAUUAAUAUCAAGAAGGCUAUUACGGCAAAUCUACACACUAAUGAACUCAUGGAAAUGCAACAGAUUUUAAACACAACAUUAUAUAGAUUGACUGAUGAGCCUUCUGUGGAUAACCACCUUGGUCUAAAGAAGGAAGGUGAAUUUGAUCCUGAUGCCACUUAUCUCAUGGAAAAUAGCUAUGAAACUGAGCUUUAUGAUUAUUAUUAUUAUGAAGAUCUUAAUACAGUACUUGAAAUGAAGAAUCUGAUAGGGCCAAAAGGGGAUACUGGACCACCUGGUCCACCUGGUCCAGCAGGCCUCCCAGGUCCAGCAGGAAAGAGAGGGCCAAGGGGCAUACCAGGACCGCAUGGAAAUCCUGGGUUACCUGGAUUACCAGGUCCAAAGGGCCCCAAAGGAGAUCCAGGAUUCUCCCCAGGUCAAGCUAUUUCUGGAGAAAAGGGUGAUAAAGGACUUUCUGGAUUAAUGGGUCCCCCUGGUAUGCAAGGUGAUAAGGGUCUCAAAGGACAUCCAGGGCUCCCAGGGCUCCAAGGUGAACAAGGAAUUCCAGGAUUCGCUGGUAAUAUUGGUUCACCUGGUUACCCUGGCAGGCAGGGUUUAGGUGGUCCAGAAGGCAAUCCAGGUCCUAAAGGUGUAAGAGGUUUCAUUGGCUCUCCUGGAGAUGUAGGACCACUAGGACCUGAAGGAGAAAGAGGCAUUCCUGGACUGCGUGGAAAGAAGGGUCUUAAGGGAAGACAGGGCUUUCCAGGUGACUUUGGAGACAGAGGCCCUGCUGGUCCUGAUGGCAGUCCUGGACUUGUAGGUAGCAUUGGCCCUCCAGGAUUUCCUGGACUUAGAGGCAGUGUUGGCCUUGUGGGACCAAUCGGACCUUCCGGAAUUCCUGGCCCAAUGGGUCUCUCAGGAAAUAAGGGGCUUCCUGGAAUCAAAGGUGAUAAGGGUGAACAAGGCAUUGCAGGAGAGCCAGGAGAAUCAGGGUAUCCUGGAGACAAGGGAGCUAUUGGUUUGCCAGGACCUCCAGGGAUGAGAGGAAAGGCAGGACCUUCAGGCCAAACAGGCGACCCAGGACCCCAGGGACCAUCUGGCCCUCCAGGACCAGAGGGUUUUCCAGGAGAUAUUGGGAUUCCUGGACAAAACGGCCCUGAAGGACCAAAGGGACUUCUUGGAAAUAGAGGGCCUCCUGGGCCUCCUGGCCUCAAAGGAACUCAGGGAGAAGAAGGACCAGUUGGACCCUUUGGAGAACUGGGGCCAAGUGGAAAACCAGGCCAAAAGGGGUAUGCAGGUGAACAAGGACCAGGAGGCUUAAAGGGAGAAGUAGGAGAUCCAGGAAAUGUUGGAACAAUUGGUGAAACAGGACCUGUUGGUUUACCUGGAGAAGUUGGGAUGACUGGAAGCACUGGUGAAAAGGGACAGCGUGGAAGUCCAGGCCCACUGGGUCCCCAGGGGCAAAAAGGUGUUAUGGGAUAUCCAGGACCUCCUGGGAUUCCAGGACCCAUGGGUCCACUAGGAUUACCUGGUCAUGUGGGGGCAAGAGGACCACCUGGGAAUCGAGGUCCGAAAGGAAGAAGAGGACCAAGAGGGCCAGAUGGUUUCUCAGGGGAACAAGGGGUACAAGGUGCCAAGGGUGAAAAAGGAGAUCAAGGAAAAAGAGGCCCUCAUGGUCUUAUUGGUAAGACUGGAAGUCCUGGAGAGAGGGGAGCUCAAGGGAAACCAGGUUUACCAGGACCCCCUGGAAGCACAGGAGAAAGGGGACUGGCAGGUGAACCAGGACCACGAGGACUGCAAGGUGAUGCUGGACCUCCCGGAGAAGUGGGUGCUGAGGGAGCCCCAGGCAUUGAGGGAGAAUCUGGUCUACAAGGCGAGCUGGGUGCAAAGGGAGAUGUUGGUGCUGCAGGCAGUGCUGGAGAAGCUGGGGAGCCAGGGUUACGGGGUGAACCAGGAGCUCCUGGAGAAGAAGGUCUCCAGGGAAAAGAUGGAUUAAAGGGGGGCCCAGGAGGAAGAGGACUUCCUGGAGAAGAUGGAAAAAAAGGAGAGUUGGGCUCACCAGGAACUACCGGGCCUGUGGGUAGACCAGGACUAACGGGCCCUCCAGGACCUGAAGGAACUGUGGGAAUUCUAGGACAAAGAGGUCGUCCAGGGAAAAAGGGUGAAAAAGGACAAAUGGGACCCACAGGAGAAAUUGGAAGCAGAGGUGCUCCUGGACAAAUCGGGGAAAGUGGUCCUAAGGGUGGCAGAGGAACCAGAGGUGCUGUGGGACAUUUAGGAUUGAUGGGUCCUAAUGGAGAACCAGGAAUUCCAGGAUAUAGGGGCCAUCAGGGUCAACCAGGACUUUCCGGGUUGCCAGGACCUAAAGGAGAAAAGGGCCACUCAGGAGAUGAUAACACAGUCCUAGGACCACCUGGGCCUCGAGGUGAACCAGGUCCAAUAGGGAAACGAGGAGAAAGAGGAGACCCCGGAGCAGAUGGGUAUAAGGGUCAUGUGGGUAUACCAGGACCAAGAGGUACUACUGGACAACAAGGGCCUCUAGGCGAGCCAGGUGAACAGGGUGAACGAGGACUAAAAGGAGAGAGAGGGUCUGAAGGUCCUCAGGGGAAAAAAGGAACACCUGGUCCAUCUGGGAAAGCUGGGAGUCCUGGACUUCCAGGCCUAUCUGGGCCAAAAGGGAUGCAAGGAUACCCUGGAGCAGACGGCAUUUCAGGAACCCCUGGAAAAGUUGGGCUGCCGGGAAAAAGGGGACUUCCUGGCAUCAGAGGCAGCCCAGGAACAACAGGACUGGCAGGUUCUCCAGGUCCUCAAGGAGCAAAGGGCUCAUCAGGCCUGCCAGGAAGCCCAGGAGUUCUAGGCCCAAAGGGUGAACAAGGGCUACCUGGUCAACCUGGAAUGCAAGGUAAAAGAGGUCACCAAGGAGCACAAGGUGAUCAAGGACCAUGUGGGGAACCUGGCCUGAAAGGGCAACCUGGAGAACAUGGUGUUCAAGGUUUAAGAGGCUUCCAAGGAUUCCCAGGUCCCAAAGGUCCUGAGGGGGAUGCUGGAAUUGUUGGAAUAUCAGGACCUAAAGGUCCUACUGGACAAAGAGGAAACACUGGUCCCAUUGGCAGAGAAGGUAUAAUAGGUCCCACAGGUAGAACUGGACCCAGAGGUGAAAAAGGCUUUAGAGGUGAAACUGGCCCCCAAGGACCAAGAGGUCAACCUGGGCCUCCAGGUCCACCUGGAGCACCGGGUCCAAGAAAACAAAUGGAUAUCAGUGCUGCUAUUCAAGCCUUGAUUGAAUCAAAUACUGCCCUACAGAUGGAGAGCUACCAGAACACUGAAGUGACUUUCCUCCAUCGCAGUGCAGAGAUAUUUAAAACCCUGAACUACCUUAGCAAUUUACUGCACAGCAUCAAGAAUCCUCUUGGCACACGAGAUAACCCAGCGCGAACCUGCAAAGAUUUGCUUAACUGUGAACACAAAGUAUCAGAUGGAAAAUACUGGAUUGAUCCAAAUCUUGGAUGUUCUUCGGAUGCCAUUGAGGUUUUCUGCAAUUUCAGUGCUGGUGGCCAGACAUGUUUGCCUCCCGUUUCUGUGACAAAGUUGGAGUUUGGAGUUGAGAAAGUCCAGAUGAACUUCCUUCAUUUACUGAGCUCAGAAGCCACCCAAAUCAUCACCAUUCACUGUCUAAACACCCCAAUGUGGACAAGUGGAUGGACAAGUGGACGGACAAGUGGCUCAGGACUGCCUAUUGGUUUCAAGGGAUGGAAUGGACAGAUUUUUGAAGAAAACACUCUACUUGAACCUAUAGUGCUUUCAGAUGACUGCAAGAUUCAAGAUGGCAGCUGGCAUAAGGCAAAAUUCCUUUUUCACACCCAGGACUGUAAUCAACUUCCAGUGAUUGAAGUACAAAAACUUGCUCAUCUCAAAACUGGAUGGAAAUACUACAUCGAAAGCAGUUCUGUAUGCUUCCUCUAAAGUCUCUGAAUUAGUUCAAAAGUCAUGCUGUUGGCCAGGUUAUUGCUGCAGAGGGAAAAACAUAGACAGGAUACAAUCACUAUGUAAUGCAUGGGAAUAAAGCAUUGGCUAAAUCUUAAAGAAUCUCAGGAAGAAGAGACUUCCUCCUAAGAAGGAGAAAAGGCAUUUUAUAAAGGACUAUGAUUGAUAAAGUAUUUAAUUCUUUUAAAAAUUAUGUUGAUCUGAGCUUCUUAGAGAAUUCUCUAGAACUGAAAAUUUAUGAACAUGGAAUUCUUCAGGGUAUCCUAUAACUUUGACUGUCUGAUAGCAAAGUACCCAUUAGACAGCUGGAGACGCAGAACACUAUGGAGCAAUACUGGCUAAUGCUCCCAAAUGUGUAAUGCUUCUGUCUAAAAAUUAUAAGCCACAGUCUAAUAUGUCUUAUUUUUUCAAACACUAAGCUGUAUUCAAGUCCCCAAAGGACAUAUACAUCUUAGCCGGUGGUACACUACCUCUUACAUGUUGCCUUUUUGUGUUGCUUGGUGCUCUUUCUAAUAAGGUGCUUGUGGCUUUCGUAGACUAUUUUAUUUCUUUUUUUUUGUCUUUGUCAUACUUUAAGAGUGUAUGUACUGGUUACAUCAAGAUAUGUUUUGGUUGUUAGUACUUAUUUUAAUUUGUUUGGUUACAUACUUAAUAAUAACAAGUAAAACAUUAUUUAUAUGAGGCCCUUGUUCUGUUUAAAAAUUCUCUUUGUGGAUAUGGAGUCAAAGCCAGCACAUUGUAUUCUGUGCUUACACACAAGAGAAGUGGGAGGUUUCUUUUGUUUUUGUUUUUAUUUUUUAAAUUGUUGUAAAAAAUAUUAUAGGCCAGCUACAUCCAGUAGUAGGUUUGGGUUAGAGUUUGCGGAUUAUAAUGUACUAUUUUAAAAAUCCAUGAUCAUCUGGAAUGAUACAUUGUCUAUAUAUAUUUUGUAAAGUUUUAAUUCAGCAAACUUUUGAAAUUGCUGCUGUUUUAAAUUAUAAAAGCCUUGUAUUUCUGCUCUUUAGAUUAGGUUUUGCAGUAUUCAUUGAUUUUCCUUCACUGUCCUUACUUUAAUACGUUGGGACCUAAAAACAUUCAACUUAUCAGUCUUUAAAGCAACAUUCGGGGAAAAAAAAAAGUCUUUUGCCAUCUAAAAUAUCUCAGUUCAGUUUUCCCUUGUUGUCAGACAAAUGUUAGCUCAGUAUUAAAAGAAAAACAGUAUACCUCUUGGUAUAUAAAAAAGCUUGCUCAUCCAUUUAAAAAACCUUUAGCCAAAGCAAACCACACUUACCUACCUAGCUAUAAUAAAAAUGUGCUUGAAAUCGUUUU